UAAAAAUGUGUCAAUUCCACGUAAAGAAGCCUUAAAUUUAUUAAGGAAAAUUGCUAAUGCCCCCAACAUUGCAAAAAUGGAAGAGGCUGUAAAAACAUUGAAAGAGUGGAAACAUUAUAAAGAGUCAACGUUGAAAAACUAUUUUGAGAACACAUGGUAUCCCGAGAUCAAACGUUGGGCAUUAGCUUACAAACCAUUAGAAAUGUUCAUCAACUCAAACAACGGAGUUGAAAGACUCAAUAAAGAAUUAAAAUAUACGUACCUAGAAGGGUACAAAGGAUGUUCUCUGAGUGAGAUUGUCUCGGUUUUAUUGAGCCAGUUCUUACCCGAAAGGUAUUUGACAUAUGUUAGGGAAAACUUAACAAUGUCAUCAAGCUGUAGAAUGUACUCUGAAGAAAUUCCUAAGUACUUACACGGGCGUCCUAAGUGGUUUGUAACUCAUGUCAUGGAUAGACUAACUUCAGCUGAAAGUCUACAUGGUUGUGUUAUUGUGCCUGUUUCUGAAAUCCAUUUUCAAAUCCACUCAACCAUGACGUACGAUGUCAAUUUUGACCUAAACAAUAGGAAAUCUAGCUGUACCUGCCCAGACUUUAGAAAGGAGAGAUUAAUAUGCAAACACAUGAUCUUCAUCAGCAUUCACUACCAAAAGUUUGAUUUAAACUUAGUUCAUGAAUUGCUAUUUGAUAAUCCCAUUUUUAAAUGUGACGAUGAAUUGAGCAAUUAUGAGGAUGAGAAUAGUAAUAAUUGUACCAUUCAUGACAAAUUCUUGGACCAUAGACAUGACAUUGAAGAACUUCCAUUGAACACCCAUUACUCUGAACUUCAACGACGGGGGAGUAACAAACGUCACCUAUUAAAUUUAGCAAAGGCAACUUGGCGCUCCAUUGAAUCGGUGAUGUGGAACUUGGAUGAGGAAAGCCUACAGAAAGGAAACGAGAUUCUGCAGGGAUGUCUGGAAUUUAUGACCUCCAAAGUUUCAAAUGAUGAAAGCAAUGGUUUGCCCAUUCAAGCGCAUGAAGAAACCUUUAAUGGAAAAAGCAUUAAAAGAAAAAAUUACCGAAAAUUGAGUCUGCAUAAGAAACAAGGUCAGAGCAGUAGAGUGGGGACUACUGCAGAUUGUCUGAAAGCAGCCCGCAUCAUUACUAUAACUGAACAAGAUUGCAGCCCAUCAAAACGUACAAAAAUUGACAUGCUAAACUAACUAUUUUGUAAACUAAUGUGUAUGAGAAUUUCAAUUCCCUGAGGGUUUCUACCAUCAGGGAAUUGAAAUUUAGCUGAGGAAAGUGAGUAAAAUCUGGCCAAAAGAUAAUUUUGUCACUGGUUUUG